UGGUUAGGGGAGACCGGGUCUAGUUGUUACACGGGCAAGUUGUUACACUGUCAUUUUCUCUAAAUGUGAUCAAAAGAUGGCGCUACAAGUAAUAUCAAAUCAAUACGUAUAGCCAACGAUCUCUGCAUGCGAAAUCUGGUGUUGCCUGGACGUCACAUGUAGAAGGUAGGUCCAAAAAACACUUUUUUACCUCUCCGAGUAAAAUUUUGAAAAAUUCGAUUUUUCUUUAUUACACCAAAUCCAUUUUUCUCCAGUAAGUGAUGAGUUUGUGGUUGAAAGAAGCGUGUUUUGGCUGUCUUUUGGUGAAAGUAGCAACACGUGAUGUUUGAUUGUCUAUUGGCUACGUGUGUUCAAGUUUUUGAAAACGCACUGGGUCAAGUUGUUACAGUGUAACAACUUGACCCGUCUGGAGAAUCGAGUGGUGUAACAACUUACCCCAAUGCACUUUCAAUUGAAUUUAUGGUUUAUUUUGUUUCCUACAGGAAGUCUGAUUCAUGAUGCCACGUAACUAUAAAAGAAAAACAAACAGAGGUUCAACACCUAACGAUGUUAUGGCUGUUGCAGCUAGGCGUGUGAUAGAUAACAACGAAUCGCUUCGAAAUGUUGCAGAACAGUUUGAUGUAAACUUCAUGACUUUGCAGAGGUAUUGCUCUAAGAUACGCAAGGGACAAACUCCAACAACUGGUUAUGCGAAGCCACGCAUGGUAUUCAACCCUGAAGAGGAAGAUAUGUUAGUGAACUACGUGAUCUUCGCCUCGCAGAUUUAUUAUGGACUGACUACAAAAGAAUUCAGGAAACUAAGUUUUCAAUUCGCUCUCCAGAAUAGUAUCAACUGCCCAAAAACGUGGCAUGAAAACAAAACAGCAGGUGUAGAAUGGUGUGCAAAAUUCUUGAAAAGGCACCCACAGCUUUCCAUUCGGACACCAGAAGGAACCAGCCUAAGCAGAGCCACAAGCUUCAAUAAGGCAAAUGUUGACACCUUCUUCGACAACUUGGGAGCCGUUCUUGACAAGUAUAAGUUUGCAGUCAAUGACAUAUACAACUGUGACGAGACCGGGGUCACCACAGUUCAGCAGCCGAGAAAGAUCAUAGCCCAAAAAGGUGUCAAACAAGUUGGAGCUGUCACAAGCGCAGAGCGUGGGACGCUUGUGACUGUCUGUUUUGCUGUGAGUGCAAGCGGAAACAGCAUACCUCCAAUGCUUGUCUUCCCUCGAGUGAACUUUCGAGAGCAUUUCAUAGCUAACGGCCCACCUGGAUGCUGUGGUUCUGCUAAUCCGAGUGGUUGGAUGAAGGAAGAUGACUUCCUAAAGUUCCUCAAACACUUUCAGGAAGUGACCAGGUGCACCAAGGAUCAUCCAGUGUUGCUGCUGCUGGAUAAUCACGAGUCUCAUGUUGCACUUUCUGUCAUAAAUUUCUGCCGCGACCAUGGUAUAGUGCUUGUCUCUUUCCCACCUCACUGCUCCCACAAGCUUCAACCGCUUGAUCGAAGCGUGUUUGGCCCAUUCAAGAAAUUCGUCAAUGAGGCCAGUGAUGGAUGGAUGAAGUCUCAUCCGGGGAAGACAAUGACCAUUUAUGACAUUCCAGCAAUAGUGAAGGAAGCUCUUCCGCGGGCUGCAACUGCGACCAACAUCCCUAAGGGGUUCCAAUGCACAGGAAUUGCGCCAUUCGACCGCAACAUUUUCGAUGAAAGCGAGUUCCUUCCAAACUAUGUAACUGAUCGCCCACAUGAGGCCACCCAAGCUGAACCAGCUGAGGUAACUUCAGAUGAACCUGCUGAAGUUGUUCCAGAGGAACCAGAACUCGUCCGCCCAGAUGAGGUCCGUCAAGAUGAGUCACACCCACAUACAGAGCAAAAUGUAGGUUCUCCUAUGCUGCAGGAUCAACAUAGCAUGCAGCCAGGACCAAGCAGAGACGCACCUAGAAUGACGACGAUCACCAAGUCUCCUGAAGUCAUCGCGCCUUUCCCUAAAGCAGGUCCAAGGAAGCAGGCACGAGGUGGUAGACGAAAGCGGAUGUCAGCCAUUCUUACCAGCACACCAGAGAAAGAGAAGCUGGAACAAGAACAACAGCAGAAGAAGCAGGCCAAAACACUUAAGCCAACUAAAAAAAGGGUGAACAAGAAGAAGAACUUUGCAGAGCCUGCCGACUGUGAGUGCUUGGUUUGUGGGGACUCUUACUCGAAUUCCGCACCUGGUGAACGGUGGAUUAAAUGUGUGAAGUGCAGUGGAUGGUCCCACGAUGAGUGCACCCCUGGAAGAUCUGGGACUGCAUACAUCUGUGAUAUUUGUGGCAGUAGUUUGAUGGAGUCCAGCGACAGCGAUUAAAUACGCUUACUUUUUAUAAGUAUCACAAAUACUUUGUCUGAUUUGGAAAGAGUGCAAAAUGAAAAUGUGUGUAGGAGCAGGUUAUGGGAUCAAAAUUGGAGUUAAUCAUUUAAGAUAAACCACUGUUGGGAGUGUUAGAUGUCAACCUUUGUAAUCAUGAACAUUCAUCAUUGCAUAACAUUUUCUGUUCUUAUUCUGUAUUCAAAGCCCAUUUAAAUUCAUUUUUGAAUAUCUGGAUAAUGAAAAUUAUUGUAUAUGCUGACAUAAAUUGAUUAAUUGAGCUUAUCCAGAUUUUACAAGUUACACUCUUAAAUAAAUGAAAUCAUUGACUUUCUUGUGAGUUUUCAAGAAUUAUGUUGCAUAC